AUGAGAACGGAGGAGUCAGAAAACGAUCGGUUGGCACCUGUUUUUGUCCACGAUGAACCAAAGUAUUUUGAGAAAGAAGCGCAUCUCUAUCCGCCGGAAUACGAGGGGCAUUUCGAGAGCUUGGUGAUGACAGCAGAAACGAUUCGUAGUCGAGUCCGCGAUCUGGCGGCUAUCAUAAAAGAGGAUUAUGCAGGAAUGCGCCCGGUACUGUUGUGUACGCUGAAAGGAGCAUGUCCAUUUUACACACAUCUUACUGAUGCCUUACAAGACCUGUGCCAAGGAUAUGACAUGGAAUUUGUCCGAGCUUCAAGCUACGAAGGAACGUCGUCGUCCGGCAACGUCAUCGUUUCGGGCGUGAAACCCGAGUCGCUGCAACACCGGCACGUUCUCAUUAUCGAGGAUAUUUUAGAUACUGGGACCACGUUAGCCCAUCUUGUGCCACAUUUGGAGGACGUAGGAAAGCCUGCAAGCUUGGAAGUGUGUACUCUCCUUGACAAACGUCUGGAGGAACCGAAGAAGUACGUAGCAAAGUAUGUCGGAUUUUCAAUUCCAAAUCAUUUUAUCAUUGGCUACGGCCUGGAUUAUAAUGAAUUGUAUCGUGACUUGAAAGAUAUUUUCAUCAUUUCAAAAGAAGGCAUCAGCUUCGACAGGAGUAACCUUCAUUCUUGA